GGAAGGGGCCUCUUCUGAUGUUGAAUUAUGGGAAGUGUAGUGAUGUUUCUGUGUGUCCUUUUCCACGCAUGUUUAUAGGGUGGGGGUUUAUUCUGAAAUACUGCUGUUUCUCUAGGGAUCCUGGACGUGUGACUCAGAAUUUGUUUUUGUAGUUGGUUUCGCUUAAUGAGCGUGAUGAUGUGAACAGAGAAACAUGGGCUCCCUGCUGUCUGCGUGUGGAAUUAGUGUGAAGGAAAAAAAAGUAGAAGAGGAGAGACAUUUGCGAGCUAAUGACAGGGACUUCAACUUGUCGUUUAAGUAUGCCAACAAUUCCAUCAAGACAUCUAAGUACAACGUGUUCACCUUCCUCCCUCUCAAUCUGUUUGAGCAGUUUCAAAGACUGGCCAAUGCUUACUUUGUCUUUCUUCUCAUCUUACAGCUGAUUCCUCAAAUCUCGUCUCUGUCCUGGUUCACGACUGUAGUUCCACUGCUGCUGGUGCUGUCUAUAACCCUAGCCAAAGAUCUCUCUGAUGACAUUACCAGACACAAGAAUGACAAACAUGUGAACAACAGAAAAAUAGAAGUGCUCAUUAAUGGAGAGCUGAAGAGUGAAAAAUGGAUGAAUGUUCAAGUGGGCGACAUUGUCAAGCUGGAAAACAAUGAGUUUGUCACAGCAGAUUUGUUGUUACUUUCUAGUAGUGAACCUCUCAACCUCAUCUACAUUGAAACGGCUGAGCUGGACGGGGAGACCAACCUGAAGGUGAAACAGGCUCUGACAAUCACAGGAGACCUGGGCAACGACAUCCAGCAACUAGCAGCAUUCAGUGGUGAGGUGCGCUGUGAGCCUCCAAACAACCGUCUGGAUAAGUUCACAGGAACUCUGACAGUGAGAGGAGAGACGUUUGCUCUAGAUAAUGAGAGGAUUUUACUCAGAGGAUGUACCCUCAGAAACACAGAGUGGUGCUUCGGCCUGGUGGUGUUUGGAGGUCCUGACACAAAACUCAUGCAGAACUCUGGGAAAUCCAUGUUUAAGAGAACCAGCAUUGAUCAUCUUAUGAAUGUCCUAGUGAUGUUUAUUUUUGGUUUUCUGGCCUUCAUGUGCACCAUCUUGUCCAUUGGGAAUGCCAUUUGGGAAUACCAAGAAGGGAAUUCCUUCAUUACUUUCCUCCCCAGGGCUGAUGGGGCAAAUGCAUCUCUCUCAGCAUUUCUUACUUUCUGGUCCUACGUCAUCAUCCUCAACACUGUGGUUCCCAUCUCUCUCUAUGUCAGUGUUGAGAUCCUUCGUCUGGGGAACAGUUAUUUCAUUGACUGGGAUCGUAAAAUGUAUCACGUCAAGAGUGACACACCAGCCCAGGCCAGGACAACCACUCUAAAUGAAGAGCUGGGUCAGAUCAAAUAUAUCUUCUCUGAUAAGACAGGAACUUUAACCCAGAACAUCAUGACCUUCAACAGAUGCUCCAUCAAUGGAAAAUCCUAUGGUGAAGUUGUGGACUUUGCUGGGCAGAGGGUUGAAGUCACCGAGAAGACCGAGAAAGUUGAUUUCUCCUGGAACUCUCUUGCUGACCCAAAGUUCUAUUUCUAUGACCACAAGCUGGUGGAAGCAGUAAAGUUAGGCUCUCCAGAGGUCCAGGACUUUUUCCGUCUGCUGGCACUCUGCCACACUGUCAUGCCUGAGGAAAAAACAGAAGGAGAGCUAUUUUACCAGGCUCAGUCUCCAGACGAAGGGGCUCUGGUCACUGCAGCAAGGAAUUUCGGCUUUGUAUUUCGUUCACGUACCCCAGAAACCAUCUCUCUGGUGGAGAUGGGAGUGCCCACCACCUAUGAGCUACUGGCAGUGCUGGACUUCAACAAUGUCCGCAAGAGGAUGUCUGUUAUUGUUCGUAGUCCAGAGGGCAAGCUGACACUGUACUGUAAGGGAGCUGACACAAUUAUCUACGAGAGGCUGCAUCCAUCAUCCUCCAAACUCAUGGAGGUCACCACACAACAUCUAAACGAAUAUGCUGGAGAGGGUCUGAGGACAUUGGCUUUGGCCUAUAAAGACUUAGAAGAAGACGAAUUUGAGAAGUGGAGAGAACGCCAUCAUGAGGCCAGCAUCGCUUUGGAUGACCGUGAGGCAAAACUGGACACAAUUUAUGAAGAGAUUGAGAAAGAUUUAAUGCUCCUUGGUGCUUCUGCAGUUGAGGAUAAACUUCAAGAUGGCGUGCCUCAGACCAUUGAGCAGCUCGCCAAAGCUGACAUCAAAAUUUGGGUGCUUACUGGAGACAAACAAGAGACUGCUGAGAACAUUGGUUAUUCUUGUAAUAUGCUGCGAGAGGAAAUGAAAGAGAUCUUCGUAGUGGCCGCCAACACAGCAGAGGAAGUGAGAGAAGAGCUUGUAAAUGCCAGGAAAAAGAUGUCACCAGAAUCGGGGGAUGAUCCACCCAUUGAGAAGAGCAGACUUCUGGGCAAAAAAUCUCAGGUGGUGGAAGACGAGAAGGUUGAUGGGGAGUAUGGACUGGUAAUAAAUGGCCACAGUCUGGCAUUUGCUCUGCAGAAGGACAUGCAGCUGGAGCUUUUGAGGACUGCAUGUAUGUGCCAAACAGUCAUCUGUUGCAGGGUCACCCCUCUCCAGAAAGCUCAAGUGGUGGAACUUGUCAAGAAGCACAAGAAAGCUGUCACUUUAGCUAUUGGAGAUGGAGCCAAUGAUGUCAGCAUGAUCAAAACUGCCCAUAUUGGUGUUGGCAUUAGUGGGCAGGAGGGCAUGCAGGCGGUUCUCUCCAGUGACUUCUCCUUUGCUCAGUUCCGUUACCUCCAGCGCCUCUUGUUGGUCCACGGCCGAUGGUCCUAUCUGCGUAUGUGUAAGUUUCUGCGCUACUUCUUCUACAAGAACUUCACCUUUACCUUUGUCCACUUCUGGUAUGGCUUCUUCUGCGGCUUCUCUGCACAGACUGUGUAUGAUGAGUGGUUUAUUACACUCUACAAUCUGGUGUAUACGGCUUUACCUGUUAUUGGCCUCAGUCUCUUUGAUCAAGAUGUAAAUGACCGCUGGAGUUUUCAGUAUCCUCAUCUGUACUCACCUGGUCAGUUAAACCAGUAUUUCAGUAAGAUGGCUUUCGCAAGGAUUCUUCUGCACAGCUGCUACAGCUCACUCGUCCUCUUCUUCGUACCUUGGGCAGCCAUGUGCGACACCGUCAGAGAUGAUGGCAAAGACAUUGCAGAUUAUCAGUCUUUUGCCCUGCUAGCACAGACCUGCCUGCUUAUUGCUGUCAGCGUGCAGCUGGGUUUGGACACAUACUAUUGGACAGCAGUGAAUCAGUUCUUCCUGUGGGGCAGUCUUUCAGUGUAUUUUGCUGUCACCUUCACCAUGUACAGCAACGGCAUGUACUUGAUCUUCACGUCGUCUUUUCCUUUUAUCGGCACUGCAAGAAACUCUCUGAACCAGCCAAACGUGUGGUUGACCAUCUUCCUGACCACCAUACUGUGCAUAUUGCCUGUGGUGGCAAAACGGUUCCUCUUCAUCCAACUCAAGCCCACUAUCAAUGACAAGGUGCGCCAUAAGGUCAGACAGGCCAAAGCUGUGCCUCCACCGCCUCCUCGUAAAUUCCCUCGACGCCGAAUCAGUACGCGGCGAUCUGGUUACGCCUUCUCUCAUGCUCGUGGUUAUGGAGACCUUGUCACCUCUGGACGUUUCCUGCGUAUUCCAGUUAAGAGCAGACCAGCUCUUUUCCCCCACACUGAUACGCCAGUGGCUGACAGCACACCUCAGACUUAUCGAACCAUCUUUGAGGAGGCUCAGAGUCCCUAAAACUCCUUAUUCUGUUGUAUAUUUUCUUGUGAUGACUUGCCGACAAACUAGUUUUGACAUUCACACACACACACAAACACACACACAUAUAUAUAUAUAUAUAUAUAUAUAUACACACACAGUAUAUGUUUAUUUUAAUUUUAUGACAUCAAAAUGUUGCAUAAAAAGAGGUCUAGAGAUUAUUCAAGAAGAGCUUCACACAAGCACAUUUCAUGUACUUUUAAUUGUGUAUGACAGUUUCAUAAAUGUUUUGUAUGUUUUUUUCAUGCUUUUUUUUAUCAAUUAAUACUUGAUUUGACAUACUUUAUCAUAUUUUGUGCUAAGGUGCAAAUGUGCCUUGAUUAGUGAUAAAUAUAAUAAACUUAAAACUACAAAAACAAAAAAAUAAUAAUAAUUUAAAUUUGUAUUUAGGUAAUUUUUUGGUGUAUCAAGAAUCAAAUUAAAUUGGUUUUAUUAGUAUAUGUAGUAAUAUAUGUUAAGUUCUGAGAUCAAUGCAUUUGUGAAACACACCAUUUUAAGCAAAUGAUUGAAAUUCAUAAAGCAAAUUUUUAGUUAACAUAUUAAUAAAAAGCAAUACAAUAUAUGGAUACACUUUAUAUUAUAUAUACUUACCUACUAUAUGACAACAUUUUAAUGAAUAAUUUGAUUCAAUGUGCUUAUUGCAUACAUAUUUUCUCAGUACAUUGUACAUUUAAAAAAAGCUGCAUGUAUCUUUACUUCUGUAGUACUGUUUAUCUUUUUUAUCAUUUUCCACCUCAAUAAAUAAAUAAUUUAUAUUUUCUGACUUACAGUAUGUACAGUACAUUAAAGACACCUAAUAUAAAAUGGGGCCAAACAAAUAAGCAUAAAGCAUUCUUAUAAAGAAAACAUUUACAACAACAUCCUUUUUGGAAACUGCAUCUGUAAAAACACUUUGUAAAGCCUGCCCUUACUAUAUAAUGUUACAUUGUUUUGAUCUUUGUUCUAGAAUGCUUAAAGAUUUUUUUUAGAAUAGUGGAUUAUCCUCACGUUGCAUUCAUGUCCAUUUCAAAACUGAUUACAAGACUUCCCCUUGGAAAAACAAGGCUGCAGGAGUGAUGGAAUGUUCCAGUUUGUCAUUGUUUUCUGCUUGAGUGAACUGGAUGAGCUUGAUGAAAUUGUACAGGAGGUUUGACUGACAGGCGGCCUGUCCUAAUAAAACUCUGAAUGAUGCAUA